AUGCGAGAAUGCAACACUACUGUACGGACAUGGCGCAUCGCAAUACGCCCGAGAUCAGCGGCUAAAGUAGGCAGACGGGCACACGAGCAAGAGAACACAACAGCAGCGUCAGCCCAUCGUUUGUUGGCUACCUAUCCCUGGCUGAUGGCACCCGCGUUCAACGCAGGAAUCAGGAGGAACUUCCUAGAAGCAAAAGUACUCGAUAUUGGCCGAGGUGGGGGGCCCGCAUGGGUUGUGGCUGUGGCUGUGGCUGUGGUCAAGAUAAUCGGCGGCCAUGGCGGUCGGUCGGUCGGGGAAACGGGAACGGGCAGUCGCGGUCACUUGCGGUCAGUUCCGGCCACGGACCGGUCUAUUGCCCCGGUUGGCAAGCCAUGGGUGUGCCCCCGCCAAAGCGACGAUCCAAAGAAUCCCACGAAGCCAGAUGGAAAGGCGCAAGCGGUAGAAAAACCAGGGUGGUGA